ACGCCUCUUUUAUUAGCCGCUUUUAACGGGCAUGAGCCAACUGUUAGGUUAUUACUCGAGUCCGGUGCCAAUAUUGAGGCCAGAGAGGGAAAUCAUUACACGCCUCUUUUGUUGGCCGCCUUUAAUGGGAAUGAGCCAACUGUUAGACUGCUGCUUGAACGGGGUGCCAAUAUUGAGACCAGAGAGGGAAAUCAAUAUACGCCUCUUUCACUAGCUGCAUUCAAUGGGCAUGAACCAACAGUGAGGCUAUUGCUUGAAUGGCGUGCCAACAUCGAGGCCAGAGAGCCAGAUGGUUACACACCUCUCUUAUUAGCCGCCUUUAACGGACAUAAGACAAUUGUUCGACUAUUACUCAAACGGCAUACCGAUGUUAAAACAAGAGAGACAAAUGAUUACACGCCUCUU